GGGAGACGAUCGUUCCUCAGAAUGGGUAACUUCGGAAAAUGAGACAAUCGCAUCAUUCAAGCCCUUGUUUACCCGCAGCUUCGGCUUCGACCAAAUACAAGCAAGGGGGUACAUUAGCUCGAGCCUUUGGAGGGGAGGUCCGUGCGCGUCGGGGUGUUAUAACAGGUUCAUCACAUCUCGAAAUAGAACGGCCAUGUCUCGUUGGAUUCUAGUCUUUGUCCUAACUGUAUUAAAACUACCUGAAGGUUUUUCGAAUAUAAGGAGUAAGACUGAGGACUCGCAAGAUAAAUCUCCAUGGCGUUUGGAUUUGGAUGCCUUUUGGCCUGCUGUGGAGGAAUUCACUGCCAUGCACUCCCAUUUAGCUACGCAUGACGACGACAUCGAAACUUUCCUCCGAGCGAGAGAGGGACGACAUCCCGACGAAGGCGAAGCAGGAGACGAGGGCGAGAGGCUGUUCCACCUCCUCUACACGCCCUCCCCAACGCCACCCGGUUUUAGCAGCUUCCUGGACCUUCUGCAGUUUGCUGAAGAGCUGCGUGGUGUCAUUAAUCGCUUGUCUGAACAAGACGAAGACGCUGAAGAAAAUACAUCACCUCGACAACAUCUUUACCCUGAAAAGAAAGAACAAGGCCAAAGAUCAGAUGAGUCUCCCCUAGAAGAUGUCGAAGAGUCCAAAGAAAACGGGAAGAUUUCGGAGCAAGACGAUGAAAACAGACUCGUAGAAAACGGGGACUCGACCAAGCCAAAAACGGAAGGGCAAAAAGACGUCAUAAAACCCACACAGAAGAACACCAACUGGAUCGAAAAUCCUGAAGGCUUCGAAGAUGCAGGAGACCCAGCGAGAAGGCCUCGUCGUUGCUCAGGCGUCCACCCAACGCCAGAGGAAGACCCCGCAGAACCACGCACAACGGACGGCAAGAAACACCGCAAAAGCCACAAACCUUACUUCUCAACUUUUACCUUCUCGUUUCCUCUGUUUGAGUUCGAUGUCCCCUUUUCCAAUUUCAAGAUCCUGCCUCUUACCGACCCUUAUGCUUUGCCGGAGGACGAAUGAGUAUUAAUAGUAGACCUACUAAGUGUAAAUACAAUUUAAAGACCCAUUUUAUGUGCGUUGACUAUAUCAUGUUGACUUGUGGUCAUAUCACUCUUUCUUUCGCCAUCUUUCGUUAAUCAAUUGAAUUUUGGUGUUAUUUUGAAAAGGCACAUUAGCUAAAUAUUAUUUUGAUAUGUUUCAUGUGUUAUGUUCAUUGACUUUAUCAAUAUCAGGUACCUUAUCAAGGUGUUUUCUUUUCUUUUUUUUACUGGACAUAUAAUUACACAGUUAUAAUCUAGAUGGGGAAUAA